CAAUGCAAAUCUCAACUGCAAGAUGAAUGUCCGCAAACUUCUCGAGUCAAUCCCACAGCGUCAGCGAGACGCAGAGGGGGAUUCAGACUCUGGCUGUACGAUGAGAGCGAGGAAGAGGCAUGAUCGCCAUGAUGGUCGUGCUGUGAUGGUCUUCAGGAGAAUUGGCGCAGGCAAGAAGAAGCGUCCUUGUGGCAUGCCCCACUGUCCAACUUGUGGAGUCUUCUGGCAUCUCGAGAGAUAUGUACCGAGUCUUGUCUCCGACCAGUCAUCCAGUUCAAAUGCGCGCAAGGCAAUGUGUGCAUCAUCUGCAGCUUCGAUCGCGGGCUCUACCACCUCAACCUUGACGGAGUUGACAGAGAUAUCCGAGAUCUCACAAGAACUUCUGGGCCGAACCUCUGAAUCUGGACUUCUCACACCUGCUUCAACAUGUUCUUCCGCCACACUAUCCAGCUCGUCAGCAGCAAGCACAAGAUUGACCCUCCUGAAGUCCCCGAAGGACAAUGGUGUACCAUCUCCAGCCUCGUCAGAGACAUUAGUCGAGUUCAACAAGAACACGGCAUUUCCCUUUGGUAACCGCACGCCAGCCUCUUCGUCAAUAUCGACCUUGACCGAACUCACUGAAAACGGCCAUGACUCCAGCGUCUGCAGUCAUCCCGCUCCAUCCAUUGCGGCCUCUUCAAGCGCCAUAUCCACUUUGACCGAUUUCUCCGAGAUACAAUCUUCUUCGUCACUGUCCACACCACCAAGCAGUCUCUCCUCGCUUCCACCUACCUUGUCGACAACCACCGCCACCAUCACAACAUCCAAAUCUCCAUACAAAAUGAUCAAAGUCCGCAGACACAGAAGCAUGAUCGACAUGUCAGAUGGCUCAAGAUGGCUACCACCAACGCUUGAGCAAGUCCAAGCAUACAUCAGUUCCCAAGGACAGCGUCGUCUGGCCAGAACGACACGUGCAGUGGUUGCUGCGCACGCCGAUCGAGGUUCGCGAGUCGCUUUGAAGUAUGAGAACGCUAUUUUGAAGGUCGAUCUCAGGGCCGGCAGGAAAUCCGAGACGAGGGAGGAGCUUCUCGGCUAUGAGGAUGAAGAGAUGGGAGACGCAGAAGAA